CGCCGCGCCCGCGCCGCCGGAAGUGAGGUGUCUUACCCCCUAGCUUCCGGUUCGCAGGGGGUGGGGAGUGUUGUUAACCGGAGCGGCUGCCGCAGUCGCGGGGAUUGAGCGGGCUCGCCGCGCUGGGCUCCUGGUCUCCGGGCCAGGGCAAUGUUCCGCACCGCAGUGAUGAUGGCGGCCAGCCUGGCACUGACCGGAGCCGUGGUGGCACAUGCCUACUACCUCAAACACCAGUUCUACCCCACUGUGGUAUACUUGACCAAGUCCAGCCCCAGCAUGGCAGUCCUGUAUAUACAGGCCUUUGUCCUUGUCUUCCUGUUGGGCAAGGUGAUGGGCAAAGUGUUCUUUGGGCAGCUGAGGGCAGCAGAGAUGGAGCACCUUUUGGAGCGUUCCUGGUAUGCCGUCACGGAGACUUGUCUGGCCUUCACUGUCUUUCGGGAUGACUUCAGUCCCCGCUUUGUCGCACUCUUCACUCUCCUCCUCUUUCUCAAAUGUUUCCACUGGCUGGCAGAGGACCGGGUGGACUUUAUGGAACGAAGCCCCAAUAUCUCCUGGCUCUUUCACUGCCGCAUCGUCUCCCUUAUGUUCCUCCUGGGUAUCCUGGACUUCCUCUUCGUCAGCCAUGCCUAUCACAGCAUCCUGACCCGGGGGGCCUCUGUGCAGCUGGUGUUUGGCUUUGAGUAUGCCAUCCUGAUGACCAUGGUGCUGACCAUCUUCGUCAAGUACGUGUUGCACUCUGUGGACCUCCAGAGCGAGAACCCUUGGGAUAAUAAGGCUGUGUACAUGCUCUACACAGAGCUCUUCACAGGCUUCAUCAAGGUUCUGUUGUACAUGGCCUUCAUGACCAUCAUGAUCAAGGUACACACCUUCCCACUCUUUGCCAUCCGGCCCAUGUACCUGGCCAUGAGGCAGUUCAAGAAAGCUGUGACAGAUGCCAUCAUGUCUCGCCGAGCAAUCCGCAACAUGAACACACUGUAUCCAGAUGCCACCCCUGAGGAACUCCAGGCAGUGGACAACGUCUGCAUCAUCUGCCGAGAAGAGAUGGUGACUGGUGCCAAGAGACUGCCCUGCAACCACAUCUUCCAUACCAGCUGCCUGCGCUCCUGGUUCCAGAGGCAGCAGACCUGCCCUACCUGCCGUAUGGAUGUCCUACGGGCAUCACUGCCAGCCCAGUCACCACCGCCCCCUGAGCCUGCGGACCAGGGGCCACCCCCAGCCCCCCACCCCCCACCACUCCUGCCCCAGCCCCCUAACUUCCCCCAGGGCCUCCUGCCUCCUUUUCCUCCAGGCAUGUUCCCACUGUGGCCACCCAUGGGCCCCUUUCCGCCAGUCCCGCCUCCCCCGAGCUCAGGCGAGGCUGUGGCCCCGCCCUCCACCAGUGCAGCCCUUUCUCGGCCCAGUGGAGCAACCACAAGCACAGCUGCUGGUUCGGCCCCUGCACCUGGCUCCGCCCCCGCCCCCGAAGCUGGCCCCGCCCCCGGCUUCCCAUUCCCUCCUCCCUGGAUGGGUAUGCCCCUGCCUCCACCCUUCGCCUUCCCGCCCAUGCCUGUACCCCCCGCGGGCUUUGCGGGGCUGACCCCGGAGGAGCUGCGGGCUCUGGAGGGCCACGAGCGCCAGCACCUGGAGGCCCGGCUGCAGAGCCUGCGCAAUAUCCACACGCUGCUGGACGCGGCCAUGCUGCAGAUCAAUCAGUACCUCACCGUGCUGGCCUCCCUGGGGCCCCCCAGGCCUGCCACUGUCAGUCCCACCGAAGAGACAGCCUCAACAGCGGUUACUGCUACGUCCUCCGCCAGCAACCCCAGCUCUGAGGCUCCCCCUCCACCGCCAGAAGCCUCCCCAUCAGCCUCUGAAAUGGAGAAGCCUCCGGCUCCUGAGACAGUGGGUGCCGAGGAGCUGCCUGAGGAUGGAGAGCCUGAUGCUGCCGAGCUCCGCCGGCGCCGCCUGCAGAAGCUGGAGGCCCCCGUUGCCCACUGACACUGCCCCGGCCCUGGCCCUGCCCCCGCUCUCUUGAGCAACCCUCGCUGGAACACGUCCUGCCACCAAGUGCCAGCUCCCUCUCUGUGUGCACCAGGGAGUAGUAACCCCAGCUCUGAGGACGAAGUGGGGGGCAUCCCCAAGGCCCAGUGGAAAGAGGUUGGCCUCCUGGCUGAGAGCUGGAGCCCUCGGAGCCCCAGGAGGCCAUGGGGACGGUGGGCAGUCCCAGGCUUCUUCUCCACUGUCCAGCCCUGAGGUCUGCUAGGGCUGGGAAGGCAAAAGGCUUGGCCUCUGAGAAGCCCUCUUCUCCACCAUCCCCCCCCCUCCUUCUGGGAGGAGGGGCAGCCCCUCCGGGCCCUACUUGUGUGUGUGGGGUCACGCUGCGUGCUGAACAGUAUUAGCUCCCAGUUCCAAGUGUGGACCCCAGAGGGGCUGGAGGCAGGUCAGGAGCUAGCCCCGCCCCCCUGCCAAGAGUGGUACCGAUCCUCUUCUCACCCCAGUCUCCCCCAGAAGCCCCUUUGUGAUGGUGGCUGUGCCCCCUAUGCCCUGUGGCAUUUCCACGUCUUACUGGCAACCACACAACUCAGGGAAAGGAGUGCCUGGGGGUAGGGGGGCAGGCGGGCAGCACUGAGGGACCCCGCUCCGCCCCUCACCCAGGCCCCUUUCCCCUGCAGCUUCUCAGCUGGGACUGACAGUCUCACCCAGCAGCCACUGCCCAGCCACAUGGGCUGAGGGCCAGUGCGCUGCUCCUUAACCACUGCGACCCUGGAACUCAAGGAAGAUCACUCCUGACCUGCAGACCUGCUCUCCAGUUCAGGACUGAAACUGCUUCCUGACCUAGUGGCUUUUGGCUUAAAUUUUGUCUUUAGAAUCUGAAUGCUUGACCCCAGGAAGGAGGUGCCGGAGCGGGGUUCCUGCUCUCUACAGUCAGUUCACAACAGGCUCUGGGCCAGGCAGGGACCACAGGAGCCAAGGCCUCUGCCCAGCCCAGUCUUUCUUCCCCUUGGUUUUGUGUUACAAGAGUUGCUGGAGACAGUUUCAGAUGAUUAUUUAAUUUGUAAAUAUUGUACAAAUUUUAAUAGCUUAAAUUGUAUAUACAGCCAAAUAAAAACUUGCAUUAACGACC